AUUCCCCUGUAGAAUUGGUACAUGUGCAACACCAAUUGAGGUGUCACUAUCUCUAUUAUACGCAAGUGGAGUCGUUCCCGGAGGUAUGGUAAAAGCCUUGCUUUACCCAGGAGCCGUAGCAAAGGCCAUUUAUAAGAACUACGACAUCCCAAGCUAUGGCAACCUUCUAGAAGCCUACAGAUUCACCAGCAUGAAGGAAUCUCUUACUAAACAUGAUCUCCAGAACUUAGAGGUUGUAGUAGGAAGUUACUUGGCAGUGGCAGGAGCACUAUUGGGUCUAAUGAAAUCAGGGAGAUUUAGUCUUAUUGGACUCCUUCUCAUCACAUGGGGUCUUGACAAGCAAGUCUUUUUUAAGAACUCAACAAGUUUAGUCAUAUACCCAACUAUGCUAAUUGCUUUGCUUUCUGCAUUCUUUUCUAUCAGAGCAGAUGUCACAAAGAUGAUACGUUUCUCCAAACAAAAGCAAAAAAUAACUAGAGUUAGGCAUGCUAGCUGAUUACAACACCUUGUUGUUAGUAUUUUUCUUAAGGUUGCAGUAGUUUCUUAUUAACAAUUUCUUUAUAAAGUGAUCACUAUAUUUCUGCAAUUUUGAUGCUGACAAGUAACAAAUGCUGAGUCACAGUGGCACUUGCGUAACAGUCAUUGGUGCAUUUAUUUUCAUACCUCAAUCAUGCUAACCAAUUACUGUGUUUCUAUAAGAUUAUCAUUGUUCUUAUAGAAGUAUUUUCUUUUUUGUGGUGUCAUUAUUCAUUAUACUAUUGUAGAAUAUUAAGUAAAUACAGUAGGUCCCAUCUUUUUGUAUAAUUAGAAGUUUGUUUUCUUUCAAAUUCUAAAUGGUUUGCGAAUAAUAUUUCAUUAUGCAUUACAAACACCUGCAGUUUAUAUGGAAACGAAAGAUUGAUAUCAGCAAGGAUUGUGGUGGAGUGAUAAGAUGUUAGGUGUUUUGAGUCCAUGGGACGAAGUCGCCUUUAUUAAAAACCGUUUUAUUCUUCUUAUGUCGAAUUUUUCGACGUGAAUUCAGAUUUAAUCGAGCUCAAUGCAAGGACCAUAAGCGAAGAAAACAGAAAAAACAGAUAUUUUCAUUUUUCAAUAGAGAAUCUAAGGUGGGGUUAGCCCACACUUUGUGAUGAAUCAUAUGGGGGGACCCAAAGGCAGCAAGACAAAGCACCAACCUACACUAGGUAACAAGGAUUUCUGUCUUUUUGUUUUCUGGGUCCAUGAGUUAAUUAUUUGUUCAGCAAAUAGGAAAAUGUGAUGGAGAAAGAUAAAACAUAAUUGAGAUUCCUUCCAUAAUGAGCAGUAGAAAUAAGCAGAGUAACUGAUUGGUGAAUAGUGGUGGAGCUGACCCACUUGCAAUUAACAAUUAAAUUACCUUCCUACUAAGGAUUCUUCUCAAUUACAAAGAAAGAUAUUCCAGUUUUCACUUCAUACCAGGUUUUGCUUUUCUCAAAGUCUUUUUGAGAAAAGCUUGUUAGUGACUUGGGAAAAGGUACUGCCUUUUAACUUAAGAUUCUUCUCUAGUACAAAGAAUCUUGUACUGAGAGUUCAGUGACCCCCAACUAGAGACAGUCUGCUGCAUCAUGGAAGCUGAGAAUAUUCUCAGAAUCACAAGAAAAUUUGCACUUGCAGAGGUAUUUUUCUGCUUCUAAUGGCUAGUUGCUGUUGGAGGGUUUUCAUUUUUGCUGCAAAUUUCUUGCUAUUCCUCUGUUUUCUAUCUUGAGGGUAAAGCAAGAUUUCCCCUGGAGUUCAAGAAUUCUGUUUCAGAUUCUUUCUCUCAGGUUUAGUAGAGUUGGCCUGAACUUUGUAGAAAAGAUGAUGAUGUCUUUCAACUCAUUGAAUUACCCAACAUGUACAUUGGCUCUUAUGAGCAGUCACUAUAGCCAUAACAGAACAAGAAAAGGUCCAGUUCUGGCCACACCUCCUUCAUCCAUCAUCUCACAAACUGAAGAAAGCAGAAAUCUAGCCAACUCAAUGGGGAAUUCUCCUUUAGAUACGUCUUCAAAACGUCCUGAUUCUGCUGUCUUACUCACCCAAGAAAAUGCUGUUGGGAUCAUUGGGGGGCUAUCCAUUGGAAACACUCUCAAUUUUGUAAGUAAACUUGUCACAUGGAGUUCCAAAGAUGGAAGAAAUGGGCUUCCUUUUGUUCUUUGUUCCGAUCCGGCUCUUAGCAAAGAGCUUUCAUUCCAUGAAAGGGGUUCUAGUUCUUUAUUCUUUGGUAAAAAUGAGAACUUACUAAAAGAUCAUGUUCCAAUUGUGGAAAAUCUAAGGCGCAAGAGGAUCUUUCUUGAGAAAUCUGGAGCUCGAUGCAUUGUCUCGCCUUGUCACAUAUCACAUUCUUGGCAUGAUGAGGUUGCACAAGGGUCUUCAGUUCCUGUCCUUCAUAUGGGCGAGUGUGUGGCCAAGGAGCUCAAAGAAGCGAAUUUGCGACCACUAGAAGCUGGGAGUACUCUGCGAAUUGGAGUUCUGGCUUCGGAUUCAACUUUGUCUGCUGGAUUUUAUCAGGAGAAACUUCAAAAUGAGGGUUUUGAAGUUGUGCUGCCAGAUAAGGCAACUAUGGAACACACAGUAAUCCCUUCGAUGGAAGCCUUAAACAGGAAUGACAUUGAAGGGGCACAGAAUUUGUUCAGAAUUGCGCUACAAGUUCUUCUGGUAAGGGCAGUUAACACAGUUAUAAUUGCCUCAGACGACAUGCGUGAUCUGUUACCUCCAGAUGAUCCUCUUCUGAAGAAAUGUGUCGAUCCAAUGGAUGCCUUGGCCAGGUCAACUGUGAAAUUUGUUCAAUCAGUUGAAAGGAAUGCCUAAAUACACUCCAGACACAGGCCGAGCUACGGGUCUGUUUACGGGUUCGGCAGAACCCAAUCCCAAACCAUGUAUUUCUGAUUAAUAAGUCCGCUCAAUUUGAAUAAUAAUUUACUCAGAAGAAUCACAACCCAAUUAGCUUGCGUUUUCUAUAUUACAGAACCCAUAAACUCAAAAGUCUAGCUCCGCCUCCAGCACCCACAAACAUAUGUACAUAUUGAAUGUUCUCGAGGUGAAACUGUAUUGCUAUAGUAUGUAAUGAUUAAAUGUUGGUAGCGUUUGUAA